UAGAUGCAUCGCUGUGUGCAGUAUGAUGAAUGGCCUAUAACGUAAUCCUCUUUAUCUCUGUAGUGUUACCGGUGAAUUCGUCACUAGUUUGAUUAACAGUUUACAGCAAAUAUUACCCACUCGGCUGACACAGUUACCAUUGGUUUUCAUACCGGAAUAUGCAUGUUUUAGCUUCGCGUAGUAUUAUGUUGUAGCUAUCUCAGCCGAUAACGUGGGAAAAAUACUACGUUGUAGUGUCAAGGUAGACUAGAGGUUAAAGUUGAAAUGGGGUCACGCUGUUUGACCGUGUGAUAUAAUAACAUUGAUAGUAGAAGUUUCCACGUUAUAGCGUGCGUGUAUCAUCAGCUAGUAUUAGUUAUAGAUAGUUCGUCGAUAGACCAGGAUACCAGACGUUGGUCACCAUGGCAACAAGAUGGGGUAUUUGUUCUGCUGGUAAAAUAUCCAAUGAUUUUGCGGCAUGUUUAGUGUCUGCUCCAGAUACAGAACAUAAGGUUGUUGCUGUAGCAGCCAGAAAUGUGGAUAAAGCUAAGGAAUUCGCCGACCAUUUUGGAAUUCCAACAGCUUAUGGUUCCUAUGAAGAACUGGCGAAAAAUUCUGAUAUAGAGGUGGUAUAUAUUGGAGCUAUUCAUCCUAGUCAUAAAGAAUUAUGUAUCCUAUUUUUAAACCAUGGUAAACACAUAGUCUGUGAAAAACCUCUCACUACUACCUUGAAGGACACGGAAGAAGUCCUUAGACUUGCCGAAGAAAAAAAUCUGUUCCUUGCAGAGGGAUUUUGGACGCGAUAUUUUCCUGUUUAUGAGGAAGUUAGAUCGCAAGUGGCCGCCGGGGCUAUAGGUGAACUGAAAGCUGUCCAUGCUAGAAUGAACCAUAAUAAUGCCCAUGUACUGCGGAUGAAUAAGGGGGAGCUAGGUGGCGGAGGAAUGUUAGAUUUAGGUUGCUAUUCGGUGCAAACAGCUAAUCUGUUCUUCAAAGGAAGACCGGAUGUGAUCAAAGCUACCGGAACUCUUAUGCCGGGAAGUGAUGUGGAUGGUAGUGGAACUAUUGUAUUGAAAUAUCCCCAGAAUAAAACGGCAACAUUAGAAUAUCAUACACAGAUAGCAGGCGCCAAUAAUUCCUGUACCUUCAUGGGUACUAAAGGUACCAUAGAGGUCCAGUCCCCGUUCUGGUGUCCAACAACUGUUAAAAUAAAUGGCGAAGAAAAAUCAUUUCCUCUAAUUCCCGUUAAUUAUAAACUUAAUUAUGAUAAUAGUAACGGCUUCCAUUACGAGGCAAAUACCGUUCGUCAAUGUUUACAAAAGGGUUUAAAGGAAAGUCCAGUUAUAACUCAUCAAGAUUCACGUGAUAUCAUGUAUAUAAUGGAGGAGGCCUUGAAACAAAUUGUUGCCACAGAUUAAAAAUAUUUAUAAUCAUCAAA